AUGGCUGAUGCGCUGUGCGGGCCGUCGAACGCGCUUCAAAACUUCCAGAAGCAUACGUCGGUUGAUCGGACCCUUCAGCAAGAUCGGUUGACUUCCAGGCAAUCGUCUGCCCAGGGUUUCCGAUCCCAGAACCCCCGAGAGGGAAUACUUGACCCGGAGUUCGCCGCAUUCGAAGCCAAUACCGCCGGUCCUGCAUUGCCAGAUUUACAACACUCCACUCAUUUCGGAGCACCAGUACAGCACCAUGCAGCGCAGCACCCCGCACAUCAUCCGGGAAACGCCAGCUGGGCGUCGGAUUUCCAGAACUUGCAAAUCUCAGGACCCUCGCACCCUGUAUCGCAACUACACAGACCUAAUAUCGCACCAGUCAUGGCACAUGGCGGAUGGCAUAAUGAGUUUAUGAAUCAACAGCAACGAGGGCCUAUGUCCCAGGCCCAGCAGAGCCCGCAAAUGCAUGGUGGCUUCCAGCCAUCCUUUGCGCCCAGCUACCCGAUGUAUGGUUCCAUGAAUCAGAUGCAACCCCCGCAAGCUAUGCAGCCCGGACAGCAGAAGCCCAUGGAGCAGUUUGAUGAGUCUGCAUUUGAGGCUGCGUUUGAUCAGGCAAGGGCGGACAUGGAGUUGCAGGGAGCCGACCUCGCCCAGCAAGAUACCCAGCAUAAUUUGGAUACCGAUGAAGUUGAUACCAUUGAGCCUGUCGCCCAAGAGCAAAUCCGACUUGGGUCUGAUCUCAUUCCCCAGAGCGACAAGGAGGACCCUCAAACACGGGGCCGAGAUGCAGAUGAGCUUGCCCGGACCGCAGGCCAACUGCUUGACAGCGUUCGCAAUGACCAAAGCCAAAAAUUCCAACAAAGCAACUUCCUAGCUCUGAUGCGCCGAAUCCGAGAUCGCGAGGUGGAGGUUGAAGGUGAUGAGUUCCGUGAAACGGCGCAGUCUCUUCACCCGGGUGGGCCAUACUAUCCGGGCCAACCCUAUCCUGAUCCCGCCAUUCCCUCAAGCAGUAAGGAGCCUCCCCUAUCAGCAGGGACCGAUGUCAAGACACCCAUGAGAAACAGCGAAGAAUCUGACCAGGCAUUGCUCCCUGCCCAGACGGCAUAG